CCGCCGCUGGCCGCCGCCCGUCCACCCCGCCGGCUACUCGCCUGCGGCUUUUGCCCCUCGCUGACGGCCGCGCGCGCUCGGGGUACGCACGUGCGUGGCGGCCGGCGUCGACAUCUGUGGCCGACAGCGCCGUGAUGGCUGUGGCGCCCCGGCCGCUGUGCCGGACCUAGUGCCAUGCCGGACCUAGUGCCUGUGACCUACUUGUGACAGCCAGGUGACCGAAGUCGGAGGGGACGCGUGACCGCAGACAUGGGGUGCUGUACGUCCAAGAACAAAAUGAGCAGCCAGCUGGCGAGGUCGGAGUACAGACUGUCUGCCCUCUCCGAUCUAUACAAGCUGAAGCGGACGCCGCAGCCGCUGGAGGCGGAAGCUGAGGUGGGCGGCUACAUCUCUGCCAAGCUCUUCCACAACCUCUACUACAACGGCUUUUACGCGCCCUACAUCUGCAACCCAAACUACCUGCUCAUACUCGACUGCAGAUGCGAGCGUGACUACAACCGGAAGCACAUCAUGAUGUCUCGCUGGCGCGGGAAGCAAGACCUGGAGGCCGACCUCAGCGGCUUUCACCACGAUCGCGCUCUACGACGACGACUCAACCAGCAUGGAUGACGCCUCCGAGAAACUCAAGGCCACGUACAAGGCACUCCAAGAGAAGAACCUGGCGCCGGUCUGCGUUAGCGGCGGCUUCAACCUGCUGGAGAGCAAGUUCCCGUACAUGUGGUCCUCCAAGGUGCUGACCAUCAACACGUUCAAGAACAAAUAUCUGCAGUGGUACCCGUCACUGGUGGAGGACGACUUGAUGCUGGGAAGGGCCGAUCAGGCCACCAACCCCAACGUGGUGUACGACAUGCGCAUCAGCCACAUCGUGAACCUGCUGGACAUGAGCCAGCUGAAGGUCUUCAGCCACGUCAGCUACCUGCUGGUGCCGCUCGGCGACUCCGAGGACCAGGAGCUGCUGAGCGUCCUGCCGAGGAUCUUCAAGUUCAUCACGGACGCGCUGGAGACGGGCGGUAGGGUGCUCAUUCAUUGUGAUCAGGGUGUGAACCGCGCAGCCGCUGUGACCCUGGCGUACCUGAUGGCGGACAAGGGCUGCACCCUGGAAGACGCGUACUUCUUCUUGGAGAGUCUGCGACCCACCAUUCAGCCCGCGUACCACUUCCUGAAGCAGCUGACCAAUUACGAGGCUGAAAUCUUCGGCAGGAAGCUCAGCAACAUUGACGACCUCGAGUUUUAGCUCCGCGCCGCGUCUAGGUCGGGGAAUCGGUGACGGACGUCUGCUGCCAUCGACUUCUGGCGAUAGUGUGACGCUGGAGCAGCGGGCAGCGUACGACGGCGACCCCGUCAGAGUCCAGCGCAUGGUCUGCCGCGAGAGGUCAUGGGUCACGGUCCCCAUCCCGCUGAGCUUUGGCAUUGGCAGAGGCAUCCGCGGCUCCAGCACUGGCCCUCAUAUGCACCGUGUACAGCAAGUGGCUGGAAGAGCAUUUUCAACGGCCGUACUGGGGCAAACGACAGGACAGCAUCAUUGCGCUAACUUGAAGCUGGGCAUGUCCAAAAGAUGUGUUUGGCUGCUGAUAAACUGCACGCUAAAUACACAUGGACGAUAUGAUGACAUUC